AAGGAGCCCCUGGUAGUGCGCACGCGCUGUCGCCGGAGUGGGGUGCGGGGGAGGCUGCUGGGGUUUCGGCGGAGCUGCGAAGGCCGCGCGUCUUGCGCUUGGUGGAGAUGCCCAGCCGGGGAACGCACCCAGAGGACGUCGCUGUGCUGGCUUCCACCGACGAGUCGACCACGUACAAAGAGGAUCUAAGCAACAAGAUAAAAGAACAAAAAAUUGUUGUGGAUGAGCUGUCUAACCUGAAGAAGAAUAGGAAAGUAUACAAGCAGCAACAGAACAGCAACAUAUUCUUUCUUGCAGACCGAACAGAAAUGCUUUCUCAAAGCAAAAACACAUUAGAUGAACUGAAAAAAGAAUUCCAAGAAAUAGAAAACUCAGAGAAGACCAAAAUCAAGAAGUAAUCAACCUGAUACCACGUAACAAUGUGUGGCAUUUGUUGUUCUGUAAGCUUUUCCAUUGAUAAUUUCAGUAAAGAUUUAAAAGAGGAUUUGCUGUACAAUCUUAAGCGACGGGGACCCAGUAGUAGUAAACAGCUGUUCAAGUCUGAUGUUAACUACCAGUGUUUAUUUUCUGGCCACGUCCUUCACUUGAGAGGUGUUUUGACUGCCCAGCCCCUGGAAGACGAAAGAGGCAAUGUGUUCCUAUGGAAUGGAGAAGUGUUUAGUGGAAUAAAGGUUGAAGCUGAAGAGAA